AGCGACCCCCCCUUCCCCUCGUACCGAAUCAAUAGACAUGUCCUGAGUGAAUGUCACACUGUGUGGUGUACACCUUGGAUUUGGACCAAUGAGCAGGUUCCUGUAUAUAAAUACAUAUACUGAAUACACCGACUCCACUGUCAUUGUUUGUUUCCAGGGGGAAUCAGUACUUUAUUGAAUUCCGAAUCUACAAAAUGCUCCAAAGUAUAAAACUGGUGAUUUUUCUGUUACCCCUGUACUGUGUGACUUAUUCCCAACAAAUAAAGGACCUCUCUUCAGAGUGUCAAUACAACCAGACCUUCGGUACCAUGGUAACAUGUAACUAUGGAAACAAAACCAUAUCCAAGUUACUAAAAGUCAGUCGGCCAUACUUGGAUCUGGAGUCCUGGAAGUCCCUCAGUGUCAUUGGGAACUCUGACGUGACCGACUUUCCACUGGAUUAUUUCACAGGAAUCAAAAACAUAGAGACUUUAAGUUUCCAUGGCACCAGGCUUCAAUCUAUACCUAACAUAUUCAUGAACUUACAGCAAGUUUACACAAUGGAUUUGUCUCUCAAUGAAAUAGAAAUUGUCAGUACAGUUAAUAUACAGAAGCUCGGUAUCCGGCAUCUGAAUGUUUCCAGAAAUACUAUCAGAUACUUAGAGCCAGACGAUUUGUCGUGGAUUUCUUCCGUGGAAAUUCUCGAUAUUUCAAACAACAAGAUAACAGAUAUUCCAAAAGAUUACUUCAGAUCCACAAGACUAAUUAGAAAGCUGAUCUUAUCCUUCAACUCCCUGAGGACUAUCCACGAAUAUGUUUUUUCUGGGUUAGAAACUUCUUUACAAGAACUGUAUCUUGCUGAGAACCAGAUUUCUGACAUUCAUCCACUGGCAUUUAAUAAGCUACUGGAACUGAAACUGUUGGAUUUAUCUGGUAAUCCAUUCAACCUAAAAAUAGAUGUCAGUUCAAUAAAACUUCCACAGCACGUAGCACACCUCGAUCUUCACAAGACAGCUCUUACAAAACUGGAUUUUUGCUUCAUCCAACAUCUUCAUGACUUAGAAUUUAUCAACCUCCAAGAAAACGACCUUGAAUGUUCUUGUGACCUUCUCUGGGUCAUGAAACAUUUGAAACGCCAUUAUUAUCAAUCCCCGACAGCUCGACCUCAACAGUCCGAGACUAGGUGCAUAAACGCGGAUAACCAUACAGAAACUGUGUCCGCUUUAGAACCAGUCUGUAGAAAUAAAACAAAGCAGCUAUGUUCAACAGUAAACCCACUCUCAGAGCUUUUACAAAACCUCAAAGAUCUCCAUUACAUGGUAGAAAUCAGAAAAGGGAAAAUCUGGAUCCACUGGGGACAUUUAAAUUCUUCCCUGAUCUAUGCUUACCGAAUAUCAGUGAAGGAGGAGAGCGAAGAGGGGUACUUCUACGGCCCCGUCACAAUUCAUUCCAGUUCUGACUAUUUCAAAAUAGAAAGUUCUGACCUCAAAAACACAGAACUCAAAGUAUGCCUGCAGAUAAUGACUAACGAGACUUUUGAUUUGUACACAAAAUGUGCAUUUGUUGAGGAUGAAUCUCUAAGCAGCAUUGUGGGAAUUCUGGCAGGAAUUCUUUUUCUCAUCCCGUGUCUCAUCGCCUUAACCCUAGUCAUUUACUACGACAAAAAACAUCACCUCAGACAGCAAUUAAAGGACAGACUUCUGCAUGUUUCAGAAUCGGAUUCUGAAGAUGAAGGAAGUAAUGUGUAUAAACAAGAAGUGAAUGAUGAAAUCGUCAGCGUGGUCACCGAAAAUAAGAAAAAGACCCUUCAUGAUGGAGUUGUCUUAAAUUCUACCGAUUUAUCUGGCUCCGUCCCCGAUGUAUCAGUCAAAUUCAUUACCGAGGAAAGCCCCUCCAUACAAAGUGACUUAUCAACUGUGGAGGGACAAAAGUCCAAAAGUGCACCAAACUCAUAAGAAAGAUUUUUAUUGCAUAACCAUGUGAUAUCAAGAACUCUUCAUACUCAUUAAAUAUAUUAAAGAUGUCCAUGGAAGGCUGUGAAUUUAUUCCUGCAUACUACAGUGCUAACAAUUUAGUCCCCCACUCUUUAUCUAACGACAGCUGUCGAUGGUGAGAUAUUAAGAUUAGUUGAUAUAAUAGACAGGCUAUGUGACAAUUGUAAUUGCCCAUUUAAAAGCAUUGAGAAUGUUUGGCAAAUUUGUCAUAAUGACUUUUACAAUUAUACUCUUCACUGAUUAAGUACUGGGGUGAAAUAAACCAGUAAUUGAAUCAGUUUACAAACUAGAUUGUCAUAUUAGGUUUGAUCUUUAUUAUGUGUGUUGUAAUAGUUAGCUGAAUAUCCU